UGUUAAUGAACCACUGAGCCUAGUCAAACGACCUGUUGAGAUGGGAGCAAAUUCCACAGAAGCGGGAGGGGAAUUUAAUAUCUUUGCCUCUGUCUGAGUCUAAAUGGCGAGUGUGGAAGAGACCCAGGAAAUCCCAUUCGAUUCUCAGUGGGGAGCUGGGGAUGGGACCCAGCAGGUCACAGAGAACGAGCACACAGACACACUAACCUCAGACAAAACCUCGAGCCGAGGGAAAGCUUCGCUCCUCGACAGCGGCGAGGACACAGAGAUAUCCAAGGAGGACACGGAUGAAGAUGACCCUAACGAUCUCCCCCCUCUUGAAGACGUUGGUUCUGCCAUUACGUUUCAGGAUUGUAAGGAUGAGAAAUUUGAAAGCGAAGAGAGUUCAGACACCAAGGUACAAAGGGUGGAGGAGAGUGAAGGUGCGGAUAGUGGACCAGUGACUGCAGAUGAUGGAGAGAAGCCAGAGGGGGAAUGGCUGGAGGUUCUAGGGAACGGGCUGCUGAAGAAGAAGGUUCUAGUAGCAGGUAGAGGGGAGCUCUACCAGCCACAGAAAGGUCAGAACGUUACCAUUCGACUGAAGACAAGUCUGGAAGAUGGGACAGUACUGCAGGAAGAGCCUGGUCUCUCCUUCACCUUGGGAGAUGGGGAUGUAAUUCAGGCCUUGGAUCUGUGUGUGCAGCUGAUGGAGUUGGACGAGACGGCACAAAUUAUCUCGGACUCAAAGUAUGCCUACGGGACCCGGGGAAGCACACAGCCCGCUAUCCCCCCGAGCGCCAGGCUGCACAUGGAGGUUCAGCUUGUGGAUGUUGAGGAGGCCCCAGAUCCUGAGCUGCUGUCGGGCAGGGAGCGUCUGGACCUGGCCAACAGUAAGCGGGAGCGUGGGAAUGCCUAUUACCAGCGGGCGGACUUUGUCUCCGCCACAAACUCUUACAGCAUCGCCCUGAAUAUCGUGGGCUGCAACUCAAAGGUUGAUAUCACCGUAGAAGAGGAGUCUGAGCUGCUGGACGUGAAGGUGAAGUGUUUGAAUAACUUAGCGGCCACUCAGCUGAAGCUGGAGCACUAUGAGUCGGUGCUGAAAUCCUGCAGCGCCGUGCUCCAGCACCAGCCGGACAACAUCAAAGCCCUGUUCAGGAAAGGGAAGGUAUUGGCCCUGCAGCGAGAGUACACAGAGGCGAUCGCUGUCCUGAGAAAGGCCUUGAAAUUGGAGCCUUCCAACAAGAUGCUCCACACAGAGCUCUCGAAGCUGGUGAAGAAACACUCAGAGCAGAAAAACAUAGAGCAGGCGAUGUACAAGAAAAUGCUGGGUGACAUAGCCACCUCCUCUCCCUCAUGCCCACCCUCCAAAUCGCCCUGGAGCAUACCUUGGAAGUGGCUGUUUGGAGCGUCGAUGGUGGCUGUUGGAGGUGUCGCUGUCUCCAUCAUUGUUGCUGCUAGAAACUGAGCCGUCGUCAAACAGAAAACAACAUCACCAUCUCCCUGCAUACAGGGAGGGCGAGAAAAGGCAAACUCUGAAAGGGGUAGGCUCUGUCGCGAUUGGAUUUUAAUCAACUUGUUUCUCUCUCCUAUUCCUCCCCUCUUCCCCCCCCCCCUCCCC